CUCAGUUCUCUUCCAAGUGCUGUGUUGUUCUAGUCACUUACAUAUACAUCAACCAUAUAUACUAUAUAUACUAUAUAUACUAUAUGUAUAUUACAUGCUUACAUCUAACUACAUAUACAUACAUAUAGCUAAUAUAAAACAAGUACAAUGAAGGGGUUUGUCAUUUUAAUACUACUGGUUCAUCACUCAUUGGGAGACAGUAACCCCUUCACAGCAGAUCAGGACAAUGCCAGCAAAGACAACUGGAUCAGCCGUCUGUAUAAGGACAAACUCAAGGGUUAUAACAAAGGUUCACGUCCAGUUCACAACCACGACCACAACACCACCGUCUACCUCGCCCUCUCCCUCAACCAUAUUGAUGUGGAUGACCUACACCAAGAGCUGUCUGUGAAUGCUUGGUCUAUCAUGACGUGGGUAGAUGAGUACUUGAAAUGGGAACCCAAGAACUACAUGAACAUCGACAGCCUCCACUUCGAUGAUGACGACAUCUGGAUGCCAGACAUCACGCUAUAUAACAGUGCGCAGGGUUCAGAUGUGCAACCAUUUGGUCAUGUGCCGGUGCUGGCCAACAGUGUGGGUCAGACCUACUGGUUCCCACCCACACACUUUGUUGUCAAGUGUGACCUGGACCUGAGAAAGUGGCCCAGUGACCAGCAUGACUGUCUGGUGAGGGUGGGGUCCUGGGCACACCACGGCGAGCAGAUUGACAUCCAGGUCAUGCCCACCAAUGAAACAGAUGGGGUAAUGGUGAAUAACUAUGAGGAGAACAAACAGUGGACUCUGGUGAAGGUUUCAGCCACACGGUCGCUCAUCAACAUUGAGGGUCACGACUCUUAUGUGGAGAUCGACUACACCUUCACCGUGAAGCGCCAUGCCAAGGCCCACGCCACCUACAUCACCCAGACCACACUAGUAAUAAUUCUGGUGGUGCUGGUGUCGUACUUCCUGCCUCUUGACUGUUUCUUCAGUCGCAUGUUGCUGCACCUCUUUGCUAUGGGCGUACUCAUCAGCUGCUACUUUACCCUCUUCAAUUAUCUCCCUGACAAUGGAGGGCCAGUGCCUCUUGUAGUGCGCUACUACUCCGGCACACUUAUCCUCACAACCAUCUCCCUGCUGUCGACCAUCUUCCUCACCUCCCAGGGUAACUGUUGCUCUUCUACUACUUCCGUCAACUUUAGUAGGAAGCUGAUAGGCGCCAUCAGCUCGGCCCCCGUCCUCAGGAACUCUAUGCCACAGCAACCAUACAACCAUCUUGAGGCAGAGAUGGUGGAGGAAGGGGAAGCGACCCAAACAGAGUCCAGCACUUAUAAUGAAGAUCCCGGGAUCUCCUCCUUACACAUCAAGCGAGUCGUCAACUUUCUCCUGCUGGUGCUCUUCACAGUUGCCUACCUGGUGGACUACGUGGUUCUUAGAAGUGUUACUAUUUAAAACAAAGUCCUGGAUUUAAGGAUCUUUAGAGUAUGAUAGCUGAGUUGUGAACUUCAGCUUUUUUUUUAAGCUGAAAUCUAGAGAUAUGUUCAAGAUUUUAAGGACUGUACUAUACAGUAUAUGAUGUUCUGGGUCCUAUAAUCAUCUUAUGAGUGUUAUAAGUGAUUUCUGUGAGUUAUAAGAAGUUGUGGCUUUCAGAAGUGUGAGAGAAUCUUUGAUGUGAUGAAGUAGCAAAAUUUAUGGUUUAUGGGUCCUCAGUGAGUGACCUGCUAGAUCUACCACGUCUUAAUGUCUUCUGGUAAUCCAGCCCUUACCAGGAAGUUUACAUAGUACAGUACUGAUUAGCAGCAGGACAUACCAUGCAUAUGAUCAUUGUUGUUACUGCAAGCACCUCCUCAAUCAGUUAUCCUGGAAUCCCUUCCUCCUUCCUUAAGCAGAAUUAUAUAGUGGCUGCAACUAAGUUGGUUUGAAGUUUUGACCCUCUUUUAUAGCUUCCUGGUGUUUGAAUUCUUGGCCUGAACACCCUAGCUGGUUGAAAAAAAUUUAAGAGUUCAGUGUUUCAAUACUCUGACUUAAGUGAGGAACUGCCUGUAACAACAACUUCAUUCACACAGAUGAUGUCUCUCAUUGUUAAGAGAAGCUCCCUGGCAAUGGCAGGAUUGUCAGAUCUCUCAGGUCACUUACUGUCCCCUCAGCCAUAAAAUGGUAUGUUAUUCUUCAAUUCAUCAUUUAUUACAAGUAAGAAUGAAGUGCUAAAUGUAAUGUUAGGUGUCUAAUGAUUUUAAUGACUGAAGAUUAGUAAGGCAGGCAUGAGUAAACCUGGGGUUGUGAAGGUAACAACUAUUAACAGCAUAUGUACAGUAUAGUAUAACCGCAGAUAUCUGGCUAUUAACCAUCCGGAACUUUCAAACAACUGGCAUAUUUAUGGUGGGCUCAAUUUCCAGUAUGUAAAGUCUAAUCACAUUUAAAAAGUCAAGAAAAUUGGUUUGAAUUUGGUGCCACUUUGCCCUUGGUUCCAUUUCUGGUCCUUUUAUAAUAUAUUUACUAUGAUAAUGUUCCUGAGUAUGAGAUACGUAUUUAUAAGAGUAACUGAAGCCUCCGGAAAAAAUUAUUAUCCGGCAUACUCAAUUCCUCAUGCAUUCUGGAUAUCUGAGGUCUUACUGUACUAGGCUCAAUCACUGGUACCUUAAGUACACUUGGUUCUAAUCAUAAUAUUAUUGUUCAUAAUUACCAUUGCAUCUUUAAUCUGAUAAAAUCUACAUAAGUGACAUCAUUAAAAAAUUAGUCCCUAUUUAUGAAUGAGAGACUGAAGACAAAUGUGUUCAUAUACUUGACAGUUGAUUGGCAUAACCGAUGAUUACAUAUAGGGGAAAUACCCCACAAAUUUCGAUGAUACCCGAGAUCCAACGAUCGGCAGAGCUGGCGUGGUGCAAAUUCUUGCCACCAGAGGGCUCUGCACACUGCCCGACUCAUUCCUAGCAUCAGAGUGGUGGAAUAAGCUAGGGGAAGGUCAAAUCUUCAGGCAAUUCCAUUUUUCUUCAUAAUUCUUAUUUGUUGUUUUCCCAUUUUGCAUGUUCUUCCUUCGUAUUGUUCUCCAGCUUUGCAGGAACCUACAGCAGCCUUCAGUUUCAUCCGUCAGGUGAAAUUAAGUACCUUAUGGCUUUGUUGGUUAUCCUUGGUCAAAUUGCCUUACUGUUUACUAUUGUAUACGAUGCAGUUUUGGUACUUUUUUAUAUAAUGUUGUUCGUAACAAUGUAUACCCACUAUGUUGUAUAUUGUAUACCUGCAUUGUUUAUACACAUGCUAAAUCGAUGUAAUUAGUAUAAAGAUUUUACUGAAUAAAUUGGACCUGAUCUGAUGCGGCAUAGGGCACACUGUUGUGUUUUUGCUGGCCUUGUAUAAACCCCUCGCUAUUUAAUAAUAAAAAAUGUACACAUAGCUCAAGCACAUGCAGGUGUAUUUGGAUUAUGUUAAGAAGCCUCAAGCUUUUAAUUGUCCUGAUAUUAUUUCUGUAAACCUGUACAAGUAAACAAGUGAAGUAU